AUGCAGAUCGCAUCGUUAUUGUUACAAGUAUUAGCGACAGCUCUCCCGCUAGCCAGGGAGGAACCGGACGAAUAUAAAGAGUUUUGGGAAACGCUGCCGAAAGUUUUGGAGACUUUCAUGUUUCAGCCACCCGUGGGCGGCAGCGGGCACGCGCGCGAGCUGGUGGCGCUGGUGCGCGCGGAGGUGCUGCGCGGCAGUCCGCGCGUGCCGGCGCCGCACGUGCGCGCCGUGCUCGCGCUCGUGCGCGCCGGCAGCACGCACGCGCACGCCACCACCAACAACGAGCAGGAGUUACGUGAGAGGGAAGAGUUUGCGCGGACUUGCUUCGAGACGCUCCUACAGUUCUCUAUGCUCGAAGACAUAGACUCGCUCGCAGAACUUGAGAGUGAUACGGACCCUCUCGCGAUAGUAGCAUUAUUGGAUAGAUUCCAAGAGGUGAUAACGAGGUACACAGCGACCGAUGAUAGUACCGAACCAUUACCAAGGCACCAACUGUCGGAGAUUUCGUUCGUGUUAAAAGCGAUAGCCACACUGACUGAAUCUAUGAAGAAGGCGCCCCCCGGCAAGGUGGACCCGCUCGCAUGGCAGAAACUAAUAGGUUUAUAUCCGGAGCUAGUCCAGUUGGCAGGCAGCAGUCGCGCGUUAGGUGCGGGCGCGGCCCUCAGGAGCGCGCUGCUGCAGUACGGCGCGUUGCUGACCGCGCCGCUAUAG